CGGUCACAGCCAAGCGUACCACUUCAAAGAUGUUGCUACCGGAGUGCAUUUUUGCUUUUAUUCUCCAGCCGUUCGUUCUUUCUCGUCGAACGCGUGAUCACAAGGCUUCCCUAGUAAGUUCGAAAAACCCUGUAAACCGUCUGAGCUAUCAGGACAUAAUUAAACCUUUGUAUGAUUCCAUUACAAUCGAUGCUAACACCUUCAUGACUCCUACCGGCCGCACAAACACAAACACAGGGAGAAUUGGCUCCAUCGGCCUCGACUGUUGUCAAAAUUUACGCACCAGUCCAAGAAUACCGAACAAUGGAAUUGGUCUGUCAGGAAUCCGCCAUCCCGAUCCCUCAAUGCUGUGGCUUCUUCGACGGAUAUCCGAGCUGGUAGGGCUACCUACUGAAUCAGUUCGAUAUGCCCUCGUUGUGUUGAAAAAGAGGCAAUGGUUCUUGUUGGCAUGUACAAGUACUAGUCCCUGGCGUGUUCUUUCGGAACCCUGAGAUUGAUACGAUUUGUGCAAGGUUUUUAGUCGGGUAAUAUUCUCAUAUUAAUUCUGGACUUAGCUGCGGAAUGAUGUCUCUGUAUCUUUUCAUGAUUAUGACGAUUUUAAAGGGGACAUCCGCUUGAGCCACUGUCUAAGAUGGAAGCAGCUAAAUUAUUUGAAGAUGACAGACAUCUUUUCACCCUCUGACAAGGCUCAGGCAAAGAAAUUAUCUGGUCAUCUUGUAGUCCUCAUCUGUAGAAGGGCCUACCCUCAAUCCGUACUAGCAAAUCUACCUCUGGUUUUGUCUUUCACAUCGAGAUCGCUUUGUAACCGUGGUUCAGGAAUGACCGGCCUAUUAGGUACCGUGAUCCUGUGCCCAACAGUCGCCUUCUCGAUCUAAACCCUGCUGUCGGUACUACUGCUAUAGAGACUUAUACGGGAG